AUGGAAGGGUUCGUGGAGGUUGAGGUUCAUGAGUCUUGUCUUUGUUUGGAGGAUGAGAUUGAUGUUACAUAUGAAUUUGAUGCUCCUAUGUUUUUUGAUUUUACCAAACCGGAAUCGUUUUUGGAUGAUUGUGAAGCCGAACAAUGGUUUGAAUUUGCAACAAGUUAUCCACCUUCACCAUUUGUGUCGAAGUUUAAAUGGGGAAAUGGUGGUGAUAUAAAAAAUGCGAAUGGAUGUGUUGAUCCUCAACAAGUUUCGACAAUGGAAGACAAUGAUAGUAGAGGAGUGAAAAAUUGCGAUAAAAAAUCACAAGAUACUUUGGACGGUAAGGUAAAGACUCUAAGCAGGUCCAGUUCAUCCAAAUCUAAAGUUUUCCCAUUUAUGAAACCAACCGCAAGUCAUUUGGCCAAGCUGAAGAACCCUCCAGAAAUUCAAACCUCUCAACAUUUCACAAGAAAUCAGGAAAAAAGUUCUUCAUCCAUAGACUGCUCAUUAACCAAAAGGCAGAAGCUUGAGGCCGGUUACUUGCGCAAGGCUGCACACUUGAAGCAUCAAACUCUUCUUAUGCAUAAGAAAAAUAAAGAGGUUGGUCGUGCCGAUGUAAAUUUAGCCUCUAAACCGAAUACUACUAUUCCUAGAGAACCUAAUCUCCAAACAGCACUCAGAUCACAAAGACACAAGUGUAGAACUAAUACUGAAUCCGGUGAACAUACAAAAUCAGGUUUUCAGGUUCCUAAAGCGCGGCCCUUAACUAAAAAAGGUGGAGGUACUUUGAACACAAGUUCCAUCUCAAAUAGUGAAACCAGAGUGAUUAGCAAACUCCGAAUGAGCACCGAUGAUAAGAAACUCACAAAUAAAGGAGAAAGAGGUGUUUUUCGGAAUAUCAAAGUAUUUCCAUUGGAACAAAAUGACAAGAUAUUUGAAGAUGAACCACCAACAGAAUUACUUAGCAAGCUCACUCUAACUUCUGAAGACAAACAAACUGCAAAAUCACAAUCAAAGGAAAAGCCAAUUUCUAAGAGCUUGAAGGAGAAUAGAAGUGAAUCGUCGCGCCAAGAGCAUGAAAUGAUGAUGAACUUGGUCAAAGAAGAAAUUCAGAGAUUAUGCGGCAAGCAGUAUCAAUGUGCUCAAGAAAUGGGGUCUCUUGUGACAAUGCAGACAUGUAAGUUGGAACUCGGACACUAG